AUGGGUAGGAAACCGAAGACUGUUGCUAAAAGCAGCGCCGCGGCUGUCGAGGUGAAAAGCUCAAAUCUUUAUCGCGGGAUAUCAUCGUCCGUUGAGAAAUUGCCACCACAAACCCCUGUGGAGGGUUUGAAUACUGAAUACAACUCUCAACCUAACUCCAAUGGCUUAUGGAAAAAACGUAAAGCAUCAAUGGCCACAAAUGGGCCCUUGAGACGAUCCGGACGUCUUAAGAGCCCGGCGGCCGGGACCCAAUUGAUCAAACCCACUGUUGAACAUGUUGAUCUUGAUGAAAUCGAAAAAGAAGAACCAUUACAGUCUGAGAAAGUUAAUAGUCCUUUGCAGGUUGUGAAUCAGAAGAGCUCUGAAGUUGACACUCAGGUGGAGCAGAUUGUGAAUAAGAAGAGCUUGGAAGUUGAUACUCAGGUGGAGCAGAUUGUGAAUGGGAAGAGCUUGGAAGUUGAUACUCAGGUGGAGCAGAUUGUGAAUGAGAAGAGCUUAGAAGUUGACACUCAGGUGGAGCAGGUUCUGAAUGAGAAGAGCUUAGAAGUUGACAUUCAAGUGGAGCACAUUGUGAAUGAGAAGAGCUCGGAAGCGGACACUCGGGUGGAGCAGGUUGGUCCCCCGAAAGAUGCGAACAAGAAAAGCUUGAACGAAAUGGUUAGCUAUUUCGUACAAGCUGUGGAUGAAUUCAAGCAUAAGGUUUCUGAAAGGUUGGAUGAGGAUCCUUCUCCCGAUGCCCGCUACAAAAGCUUGUACUUCUUCAGUUCACAGAAGAAGGUUGAUGAAAGGUCGGAUGAUGGCCCUUCUUCUGAUGUCCACUACAAAAACUUGUACUUCAAUUCACAGAAGAAGCUUGAGGAGUUGAUGAAGGAGAACUAUGAGCUGGUUAGGAAGUUGGAGUUUGCUGAGGGACAAGUUGCAGCUUAUGAAAAGAUGAUCGAUGUUAGGGGUCCUCUAAAGGAAGUGAUGUUGGUGUCCAGAUUCGAAAAAUCUAUAAAAGACAAUGUGAGUUUGCUGCCUUCUUCAACUCCUGCUGAUGAUGAACCAAAGAAAAAGAAGAGAUCUUACAAGAAAAGAAAGGCUUGA